UUAGAAAGGUGGAAGAUUCACAUAACUAAAACAAAUGAUGUAGUAGUACUUAUAGUUUUAGUGUGGAUUUCUGAUGAGACUUCAGACAUUUCAACAGAGGUAGAACUUCCUUGUGUUGAAGGCAAUUCACUUCUUCUAUCUCAUCAUCUUCUUCAAACGAAGGUUUCUUCAUUUUCUCUUUGUAAAUGGCACAAUAAGACCCAAUUUCACCAAACUCUGUCGAAACUCAGUUACAUGUAACUGUAUUUAAACUAACCUAGGGAAAAGGGGGUAGCCCCGGCCGGCUACGAGGUACUUCGCGCGGUGUGACCUUGAAGUUCGUGUGGUCUUUGUGUGUUUACGAGUAAUUCGUCAAAUGCAAACAGUUGAAGUCGAUUGACUGCUGCGUUCGGACGUGAUCGAGUGAAUUUCUUUUUCGUUGGCGACGGCCGCGUAUCUUCAAUUGUUUCGAAAACCAAUAUUCAUUGAAUAAACCGUCACAAUGCCGAAAUUUAAAACUAGAACUACGAAUCGCGGAGACUGGAGUGAAGAAAACAUGAAAAAAGCAAUUCAAGCGGUGCUUGAGAAAAAAUGUUCUGAGAGAGCUACCGCAGAUCAGUAUGAAGUUCCACGUACUUCUCUACAGGAUCGGGUCAAAGGUAUUAAAAACGGUCAUCAGAUCACUCUUAGGCCAAAAUUAGGAUGUUUUGAACAAACAUUUAAACCUGAGUUUGAAAGACAACUUUGUGAGCAUGUUGUAAAUCUAGAUAAUCGUCUCAUGCCUUUAACAUGCCUUCAAGGCGUAAAAAUUUAGCAGAAAAAAUUAAAAUUCCUCACAGAUUUAAAGACAAACGAAUGGCUAGAAAAGAUUUUUUUUGUGAAUUCAAGAAAAGAAAUCCAGGCGUGGUACUGAGAACCUCUGAGGCAACAAGCUUGAUGCGUUCUACAGGUUUCAAUAAACCACAGGUUGAUCGAUUUUAUGACCUCCUCUUCGCCUUUGUAUGAAAAAUUUAAUUUUCAAGCCUCUAUAAUGCUGACGAGACAGGAGUAUCGACUGUUCACAAAAAUGAGAGAGUUUUGUCAAUGAAGGGUAAAAAGCUGGUUGGAAAACUCACUUCAGCUGAACGAGGACGCAACAUCACUGUCAUGAUUUCUAUGAGUGCAUCGGGUCAUUUUAUACCCCCUAUGUUCAUUUUCACUAGGAAGAAAAUGGAUAGGAACGGUCGGCUUUUUUUUUUUUUUAAGGGGGGAAAAUCAUCGAAUGACUGCUCCCGCCUGGGUGAGGAGGAAGAAAAUGGAUAGGAACGGUCGGCUUACGAUUGGUUCACCGCCAGAAAGCAUUGGUAUUCCCUCUGAAAGCGGUUGGAUGAAUGCGGAGAUAUUUCUCCAGUGGCUACAACAUUUCAAGAAGCAUGUCCAUCCGUCUGAAGAUCACCCUGUUCUGCUAAUAUUAGACGGACACAAUAGCCACAAAGAUCUGAAUGUUUUAGAAUUUUCUAGAGAAAAUCACAUUCACAUGCUGAGCACUCCGCCCCACACGACUCACAAGCUUCAGUCAUUAGACCGCGUGUUUUUCAAGCCUUUCAAACAAGCUUAUGGGUCAGCAGGUGCAUCGUGGAUGCGUCAAAAUCCUGGUGCUCGACUGACUGAUUACGACGUCGCUGGACUGACAAAUAUAGCGUUCACGAAAGCUGCAAGAUUAGAGAUAGCCCAAAGUGGUUUCCGUUUCACGGGUAUCCAGCCCUUCAAUCGAGACACAUUUUCAGACCUAGACUUUUUAGGUUUGGCGUUAACUGACGUACCAAUCGAAGAUAGAUCCAGCCAGUCAACGAUUCAAGCUCCUAGCGCGACAGCAUUUGAAAACACCAGGACCGUCAACCAGUGCUCUGCCCGUAUCGUCAGCUGCCAUUCAAUCUCAUGAAGCAGUCUCAAACGUUGAACCAGCAAUUAGAGUUCCAGCUGAGUCGUCAGCAACCUUACAAGAGGUUGUGCUAAG